UGUUAUUUUAUCAUGAAAAAUUUGAUUUCUCCAGCUCAUAUAUAGUCUGCCAUGAUGGAUGCAUGCGGCAAAAUAUUUUGCUAGAAUUCCCUUUCUUCUCUGGUCAAUUUCUGCAUGUGAAACAUGUAGUUUGGAUAUUCAUUGCUUGAGUUCAGAUUUAGCUGAUUUGGCUUGAAACAUCAUUUACAACUCAUCCAAAGGGCACUACUCAGAUGACGUUGAACAAAAAUAUAUAGAUAUGAGCCUGGCCCUUCAUUACAGAAUAUACAUGAUUUCAUAUGCUCGGUGUUAUUAUCACUUUGUAGUCCUCGUUGGCAAUUAUUAAAUAGUCGUGUAUCAAUGAACUUUCUACCUCCGUGGUAGUUUCCAAUCGAAGCUGUUGCAGUGGCACUCCAUCUUUCGCAGAGGACUUUAUAGGCUAACUUAACACUGUAUUAAUAUAUAAUCCUUCAAACAUAAAAAAAUUUCGUUAUUUUCAUAUAUCAUUAUUUAUUAUCGUAUAUUAAUUAAUUAUUAUGAAAAUUUAUUCUAGCAGAAUGUGAGUGGUACAAAACGAAGCGAGGUAAAAGGAAUAGCGAGAGAAGGACAAUAGAAAAAACAGAAAAUCGAUCUAAGCUUGAAUUAGAAAAGGUAAUGGAGGAAUUUGAGCGGAAGAUGAUAGAGACGCAGACUCGGAUCGAGGAAUGACUCGAGGUAUCUAGUGGGAGUUUGAUUUUGGCCAUAAAAGAGGGGAAGACAGUGGAAAGAUCACAAGGACAAGGACGAAAAACCCCGUUCUUUUUCGGUGAUGAAGCGUUGAUCGAGGGAGGAGGGUGAAGUCAACCCCAAAGGAGCCGUUGGUUGAAAGACUGAAAAUGACUGGACCCAAGGAGAACUUCGAGGUAUUGCGUCCUCCUCUGACUAUAAAAGGGGAAGCGAUUGAAAUUUUGAGGGAAAAUGGAGAAAUCGACUGGGCUCGGCCGAAGAGAAAAAGAGGGAGAGAGACGCAGCUAAGGAGGGUCUGGAGACGAGAGAAACAGAGGGGAGAAAGGAAAAACUGAGAGGGAAUCUUUUGGGGUUUUUGGUGGGUGGAAAUGGAGAGAAUUUCAGGGGAUAAGAGGGAAAUUUUAUGGGCUUUUGGCGAGCGAAAACAGAGGUUUUUGUUAAACCGGGGAGGGAGACUUCCGUAAAAUUGGGGGAAGAGCUGAGCGCUUGAGGGCGUUCUUUUUCUUCCGAGUUGAGAAACACCAAAAGAGAGGGGAGAAAGGAGAAGACCAAGAAGCUUUUUUGAGAGAGAGAAAUCAGGAAGGGACCGGUAAGAAUUCUUUGGAGUCAGCAGUGUGGGAAAUUGGAAUGCAAAAAUCGACCAUUAGAUAUCCUCCUUUGUUUCUCUUCAAGAUACAUGAAGAAGAAGAAGAAGAAGAAGGAGAUAGAAUGUUUCAAUAUCUCUAUCUCUCUUUUUCAAUGCAUAUAUAUAUAUAUAUAGAUGCAAGGGUCAACAUUAGGAUGGUCUAGUUCCACUUCAAAGGAGAUUAAAAGAGCACCCAUGAAGAAGAUGAAGAUGAGUUUCCAUUUGGUUUCAAUAUUGUUGUUGCUAUGCUUCUGUACAGCUGCAAUGGCAAUCAAAGAUUUGAGUAUUGAUCAAUCAGCUCUUCUGGCAUUUAAAUCCUUCAUCACCUUCAGCCGUGAAAACAUCUUGCUAUACAAUUGGACUACCUCUGCCACUGUUUGCCACUGGAUUGGUGUCUCCUGCAGUCUCCGCCAUGGAAGAGUCACAGCUUUGGACCUUUCAGACAUGGGGCUGACGGGCACUAUCCCUCCCCAUCUAGGUAAUCUCUCAUUCCUUGUCUCCCUGAACUUGAGCACCAACAAUUUUCAUGGCCCAGUACCAGAAGAGCUUACUCAAUUGUGGGACUUGAAGUUCAUCAAUUUGACCGACAAUCACCUCAAUGGAGGAAUACCAUCAUCAAUCGGUAAUUUACGAAAUUUGCGUCAGUUCAGCCUCUGUAAUAACAGUCUAUCAGGUACAAUUCCGUAUUAUCUGCUGAACUUGUCUAAGUUGGAGGUAUUGGACCUGAGUCUUAAUCUCAUUCGUGGAAACAUUCCUCGUGAGAUUGGUCAGCUUCCUUCAAGCUUGGAUAAGUGCAGGGAGCUUCAACUGUUGGCACUGUCACUCAAUAGAUUCACAGGGAGAUUACCCAGAAGUUUUGGAAACUUGACCAAGCUCCAACAAGUAUAUCUGGGUUAUAACAACCUACAAGCAGGUGAAAUACCUGUUGACAUUGGCAAUCUGCAAAAUCUGAUGUAUCUGAAUAUGGCUUUUAACAAGUUAACUGGUGUAAUCCCAUCCACCAUCUUCAACAUCUCGACCAUAAGAGUUAUUGAACUAGAAGACAACAACCUCUUCGGUCAUCUGGAAUCAAGCAUAGGUCUUUCGGCUCCAAACCUCGAGGAGCUUUACCUGUGGGGAAAUAACCUUAACGGAGUGAUCCCAGCUUCUAUCUCCAAUCUUUCCCAACUCGUACUCCUGGAAUUGGGCUCGAACUUUUUCUCAGGCUACAUACCAGAUACACUUGGAAACUUAAGAUCACUCCGAAUACUGAACUUGCACCAUAAUAAUUUGACAGCACAAUCUUCUGACUCUCCUUGGAGCUUUCUCUAUUCCUUGGGAAAUUGCAGACAGUUAAGAGUCAUUGAGUUGUCAUAUAAUCCCUUGAGUGGCACCCUUCCAACCUCUAUUGGAAAUCUCUCUUCAUCUGUUCACCAUUUAAAUGCCAGAAAUUGCAGAAUUAAGGGUGGUAUGCCUAAAGAGAUUGGUAACUUAAGCAGUCUGAUAGGUUUAGGCCUUGACAACAAUGAAUUGACUGGAGCCCUUCCAGCCACAAUUGGCAGACUACAAAAUCUACAAGCAUUGUAUCUUCCUCAAAACAUAUUACAAGGAUCUAUUCCUCCUGAACUGUGUCACUUAGGGAGUCUGUAUGCUUUGAUCUUGAAUGGUAAUGCCUUUCACGGGUCUUUGCCUGAAUGCUUAUAUAACUUAUCUUCCCUUAGAGAUUUCGACUUAAGCUCCAAUCAACUAACUUCUGCUAUACCAUCUACCUUAUGGAGACUCACUGACAUGUUGCAAAUAAACCUGUCUUUGAAUUCGUUAACUAGCAAUCUCCCUAUGGAUACUGAAAAUCUGGAGGUCUUGACCAAACUAGACUUAUCAAGUAAUCAAUUUUUCGGUAAUCUUCCAGAAAGCGUUGGAGGCCUAAAAGGUCUUUUGCAUCUUUCCUUGGCAAAAAAUGGCUUACAAGGAAAUAGUCCCCAGUCAUUUGGAAAUCUGAUAAGCCUGGAAUUCUUGGAUCUCUCUUACAACGAUCUUUCAGGAGUUAUUCCCAAGUCCUUGGAAAAGCUUUCCCAUCUCAAGCAGCUUAACUUGUCUUUCAACAGGCUAGAAGGAGAAAUCCCUACUGGAGGGCCUUUUAGAAACUUUUCAGCUCAAUCAUUUCUGCAUAAUUAUGCUCUCUGCGGUUCACCGCAACUACUUGUUCCGUGUUGCAAAAGGCCAGCUAUUGAUCGAUCCAAAAGGGUCAUGUCACUUGUACUCCAGUUCAUAUUUCCAGGCAUUGCAUACAUAAUAUUAAUAGCAACUGUUAUCUUUAUCAUCUAUAGGUGGAGGCAUAAACAGCAGGCCAACAAGCAGAACAAACAAAGUUUCUCACUCCUUGCAACAUGGAGAAGAGUUUCAUAUAUUGAACUUAAAAGAGCUACUAACGGAUUCAGCGAAAGAAACUUGCUCGGAAUAGGAAGUUUUGGUUCAGUGUAUAAGGGAACACUCGCAGAUGGGGUAAAUGUUGCAAUAAAGGUUUUCAAGUUGCCGUUAGAGAAAGCUCUCAGAAGUUUUGAAGUUGAAAGUCAUAUGAUGCGUAAUAUCCGCCAUCGGAAUCUUGUCAAAAUCAUUAGCAGUUGCUCCAAUGAUGAUUUUAAGGCCUUAGUGCUGGAGUUCAUGUCUAAUCAGAGUCUUGAAAACUGGUUGUAUUCUCACAACCAUUUUCUAAACAUGCUACAGAGACUGGACAUAACAAUAGAUGUUGCAUCAGCUCUGGAAUAUCUUCAUCACAAUCUUCCAUCACCAAUUGCCCAUUGUGAUUUAAAGCCUACCAAUGUCCUCCUAGAUGACAAUAUGGUUGCACAUGUGGCUGAUUUCGGUGUUUCCCAACUUUUAGGAGAUGAUGAGUCUGUGAGACACACCUUGACGCUUGCCACUAUUGGGUAUAUGGCUCCAGAAUACGGAUUAAUGGGAACUGUGUCAACAAAAGGAGAUAUAUAUAGUUUUGGGAUUCUGGUGCUGGAGACAUUCACAAGAAAGAAGCCUACAGAUGAAAUGUUUGCAGGAGAAGUAAGCCUAAGGAGAUGGGUGGAAGAGUCAUUUUUUAGUGAGGAUAUUUGGGAAAAUGUUGUGGAUAACACACUCUGUUGAAGGUAGAUAAUGACAAGCAUUUGGAGGCAACAAUGGAGUGUAUAUCAUCUGUUUUGAGAUUAGCCUUGAACUGCUCAGCAGAGUCAGCUAAUGAUAGAGGAAAUAUGAGGGCUGUCUUAGCCACUCUCAAAAAGAUGAGACAAAAGUUUGCAAAGAGUGUAAGACUUUAACCCAGCUUAGUACAGUGGAAUUACUAGCCACCCAAAGCCAAGGCACUGAGGUACAUAUCUGUAUAGUUUAUAUUUUCAAUGAACAUAAUUAUGAAGGAAUUUGUGUAUUGAAAAUUAGUUGUAAGAAUAUAUUUCAACUUUAGAUUCUGGUAUAUGGUAUACUUCAAAUUCUAAAUUUUUUUA